GUUCAUCCAAAAAUGUACUAGACUCAAGGCUCUAGCGUACUACGGGUGCUUCUUAUCGAUAUCGGCGCUUAAACAAUCAGGCUCAGGCUAUACACAACAAUUUCAUCGUGAUGGUGGUACAAUCAACGAGCACAUGCUAUAACGCUUCUCGUCAUGCUGCCCUCUCGUACUCUGAGGCCAAUACAGCUUCAUUCGAGGCUUGCGGCACGGCCAAUUGCCUUGUGUAGGCGAUGUAUCUGGUCAACAGCAUCAGUGGGUUCAAGGAACCAUCCGCUGAAAAGAGACAUCUCGCCUGUACCGUACAAUUCUCGCAUUGUCAAGCGACUCCGCCACCAAGCAAGUAGCAACACAGAUAAAGAGGUAGCAGAGAAACCGAAAUCCGCUCCGUCUAUCCACGAGGACAUAUACACAAUACCGAAUUUCCUUACUGUGACACGAAUAGCUGCAAGCCCAGUCAUAGGAUACCUCAUAUUACAAGAUGCGAAUACCUGGGCUGUAGGCUUGCUGGCAUACGCUGGCCUUUCAGAUUUGGUUGACGGAUGGAUAGCGAGGAGAUGGAACCGCAGAACAGUUGUAGGGACGAUUAUUGAUCCAAUGGCGGAUAAAAUUCUCAUGACCAUAUUGACGGUUUGCCUGGCCGUCAAGGGAGCAUUGCCAGUGUGGGUUGCUAGCAUUAUCCUCGGCAGGGAUGUUGGGUUAGCUAUUUCAGCCAUUUACUUUCGCUGGAUUUCAUUGCCGCCGCCUAAAACGUUUUCACGAUACUGGGACUUUUCACUGCCAUCAGCCGAAGUUCGACCUACCACAAUCAGCAAAUACAACACCUUUCUUCAGUUGGCCUUGGUCGGUCUGACAACCGCAGCGCCGAUUUUGAGCGUUGAUUUAGCACCGACACUCACCAUUAUGCAGUACAUCGUGGCUACUACUACCAUUUGGAGCGGAGCGAGCUAUAUCUUCUCAAAGGAUGCAAUCAAGAUCCUAAAUAAGCCUUGAGCUAUGUAAAUGUGCAUUUUAAUUUAAAGCGUAAUGUUGUAAAAAAUACACUAAAGUAUAUACAAGUAGAAAUAAGACAAUUACAGGCGUAAGAGAGAGAAAGGAAUCACAAACCAUGUUAUCCAAUGGAUGAAAUGGCAUCAAAU